UCUGAGGUUGCGUCAGACCGCAGCAAAGCGGUGUACCGAACUUAUUCCUCUUUCUUUUGGACGGAAAUGAGACGGGACAGGGGACACUGCCAUGUAGUUGAGACAGAAGAAUGAGCAGUCAGCAUACACCUUCGGAUGGGACAGACGACUACACAGUGCAGCAGGAAAAUGAACUAGAAGCUCUCGCGUCGAUCUUUGGAGAUGAUUUCCAGGAUCUGCGAAACAAGGAUUCCUGGAAGGUUAAAAGGCCUCCGGAAGUGCACCUCUGCCUGCGGCCAAACGGGCUGAAUAAUGGGCAGGAAUGCCACGUGACUGUGGAGCUGCUGGUGAAAUGCCCUCCCACCUACCCAGACGUGCCUCCAGAGCUGGAACUGAAGAACGCACAAGGUCUGUCAAACGAAAACCUCCAGAACCUCCAGAGUGAGCUGACCAAUCUAGCUACGGAGAGAUGCGGGGAGGUGAUGAUUUAUGAGCUCGCCGACCACAUCCAGGGCUUCCUGAGUGAGCACAACAAGCCUCCACCACGGUCUUUCCAUGAGGAGAUGCUGAAGAACCAGAAGAGGCAGCAGGAGAAAAGAGCUCUGGAGGAGCAGCAGCGGAUGGACCAGCAGCGCAAGCAGGAGGAGGAGAUGGAGAAAGAAAUCAUGGCUGUAAUUCAAAAGAGAGAAGAAGAUAAACGAGAGGAAAAGAAAAGGAAGGAGAUGGCCAAACUGGAGCGACUUGAGAGUGUGGAGCCGGUCUCUGCAGGGAGUCCACCCAGCUCAGGUGGAGUCACUCCUGAGCUGAUGGAGGCCAAGAAGGCCGCUGGCAGCCGGCGUCGUACGACCUCCAACACGCGACACAGACGCGACACGGUUAACGAAGACUCCCCUCGACCGCAGGAGCUUCUUCACUUCACCAGCAGCACUUUUGGAGAACUGGUCGUCCAUAAGGGGAAAAGUUUAGGGGAAAGCGAGCGACUCGGCCGCCAUGUUUAUUGUGGGUUUGAGGCAAACUCUGGAGAGUUUUCUGUUAUCUACGAGUGGUCGCUACGCUGGAACAAGAACAUGGGCAAGUUCUUCACCAGCCAGGAGAAAGGAAAGAUCGAGAACUGUAAAAAGCAGAUCCAUGCUGCGGAGAAUGAGUUCCACUCCCUCCUCCGGCUGGAUCACCCCAACCUGGUGCACUACUUGGCGCUGAGCUCCACGGAGAAGGAGGACAGCCUGGUGGUGGACAUGCUGGUGGAACAUGUGGCUGGGAUCAACUUGAACCAAAGCCUGGUCAACCAGAGCCCGGUGCCUCUGGAGAAGCUCUGCCAUUACGCAUCCCAGCUGCUCUUGGCACUCCACUACCUUCACUCCAACUCUGUGGUCCACAAGCAGCUGGGGGCCUCUAGUGUUCUGCUCGACUCCGAGGGCAACGUCAGACUGACCGACUACAGUCUGUCCAAAAGAUUUGCCGACAUCUGCAAAGAAGACAUCUUUGAGCAAGCCCAUGUGCGUUUUUCCGAGGACACGGCGAUGCCGACAAAGACCGGGAAGAAGGGGGACGUGUGGAGCCUGGGUCUGAUGCUGCUGGCUCUGAGUCAGGGGAAGGAGGUGAAGGAGUAUCCGGUGAUGGUGCCCAACAGCCUUCCUGCUGACUUUCAGGAUUUCCUGAACAAGUGUGUGUGCCUCAAUGAUGCAGAGCGCUGGACGACUCAACAGCUUCAGGACCACCCUUUUCUCAAGCCCCCUUCACCCAAAAUCCUACCUCAGUACCAGGAUACCAGUCGAGAGGAUCUAGCGGUGGAUUUUGCAUCAUCAGUCACCCCCCGCGGCCCCAUCCUCAACGCUCCGUUCAUCUCAGGGAUGCAGAGGCAGUUUUCUAGAUACUUUGAUGAGUUUGAGGAACUUCAGCUUCUGGGAAAAGGAGCCUUCGGUGCUGUAAUCAAGGUUCAAAACAAACUAGACGGUUGUUAUUAUGCGGUAAAGCGCAUCCAGGUCAACCCAGCCAGUAAGCAGUUCAGGCGGAUCAAAGGCGAGGUGACGCUGCUGUCACGCCUGAACCAUGAGAACAUCGUUCGCUAUUACAAUGCGUGGAUCGAGCGGCACGAGACGCCCUCCCUCGGGGUUCUGAGCAACACCGACAGCUCUGAACCUCCGAGUGGCGUCGGCAAAGUCCUGCAGUUUGGAGAUUCGCCGCAGCCCCUAAAUGAGCUCGGUCUCCCUGACAACGUAGAGGAUGUGGCCCCGCCUCCAGCUCUGUCCAGCUCAGUGGAGUGGUCCACCUCCAUCGAGAAGUCGUCCAGCGCCAAAUGCAGCGGGCACCACUCGAGUGAUGAGGAGGAUGAUGAGGAAGAUGUCUUUGGUGCCUCAUUUUUACCUUCUGAUAGCGAUUCGUCGAGCGACAUCAUCUUUGAUAACGGCGAUGAGAGUGUAGACGGGAUGUCACAGGGUGAGCCGAGCAAACGGCAAGGGGCUGACACGACGGAGAGCUCAGACUCCGAGCGACAUCUCUCUAUAGCCCAUUACCUGUACAUCCAGAUGGAAUAUUGUGAAAAAAGCACUUUAAGGGACACGAUCGAUCAAAGCCUGUACCUGGACCGGAACCGGUUAUGGAGACUGUUCAGGGAGAUCCUCGAUGGCCUCGCUUACAUCCACGAACAGGGCAUGAUACACCGGGACCUAAAGCCUGUCAACAUCUUCCUGGACUCACAAGACCACGUGAAAAUCGGAGACUUCGGCUUGGCUACAGACCAUCCUGCUAACGUGGCUGCAGGUAAAUUUGAGCUGGAGGAGAUUGGAUCUGCAGCGAUGCCCAAACUAGACUCAGCAGGUAAUAUGACAGGAAUGGUUGGCACAGCUCUGUACGUCAGCCCGGAGGUUCAGGGAAACACCAAAGCUACUUAUAACCAAAAAGUUGAUCUGUUUAGCCUGGGCAUUAUUCUCUUUGAGAUGUCCUACCGGCCGUUUACCACAGGAGCAGAGCGGAUCUCCGUCCUGAGCCAGCUGCGAACAGAACCGGUUUCAUUCCCGGAUGACUUUCUCGCAUACCAGCAAGGAACGCAGAAGAAAGUCGUAGAGUGGUUGCUGAAACACGACCCCGCCCUUCGGCCCACCGCCCAGGAGUUGCUGAAGAGCGAACUCCUCCCGCCGCCUCAGAUGGAGGAGUCGGAGCUGCACGAAGUGCUGCAACACACCAUGGCUAACGUCAACGGCAAGGCAUACCGCACUAUGGUGGGCCAGCUGUUUGCUCAGAACUUGUCACCAGUCAUGGAUUACACGUAUGACAUAGACCUGUAUAAGGGCAGCUUCAGCUUCAGCAGCGCCAAAUUGCAGCAGCAUGUGUAUGAAGCCAUCACCAGGAUCUUUAAGAAGCACGGUGCCGUACGCCUUCAUACCCCGUUGCUGCUCCCCAGAAACAGGAAGUUGUAUGAUGGGUGUGAGCUGGCCUGCUUCAUGGACCACAGUGGAAUGCUGGUCACUUUGCCCUUUGACCUUCGGAUGGCGUUUGCAAGAUUUGUCGCCCGCAAUAACAUCACCCAGCUGAAGAGAUACUGUAUCGAGCGUGUGUUCCGUCCCAGAAAGCUGGACCGUGCACACCCCAGGGAGCUGCUGGAAUGCGCCUUUGACAUCAUCACGCCCGUCACCAACAGCCUACUGCCCGACGCCGAGACCAUCUACACCAUCUCUGAAAUCAUCCAGGAGUUUCCUGCUCUUCAGGAGAGGAACUACAACAUCUACCUGAACCACACCAGCUUGUUGAAGGCCAUCCUGCUCCACAGCGGCACACCCGAGGACAAGCUGAGCCAGGCCUCCAACAUACUCUGCGACGCCGUGAAUGACAAGCUGUCCCUUGAUGAAGUGAAAACAAAGUUUUGUAAUCUUUCCCUUUCAACUAUCAACGUACUCACUUUGUACAAGUACAUCGAGAACGGGAAGGGGAACCUGCAGGAACUGGCUCCCCUGCUGACGUCACUCACCAAACAGAAGACCGCCGUCACCCAGCUGGCCAAGCAGGGCGUCAAGGACCUGGAGGAGCUGAGCGCGCUCCUGCGCAGGCUGGGUGUUAAACUCAGGGUGGUGGUGAAUUUGGGUUUGGUCUACAAGGUGCAGCACCACUCCGGAGUCAUCUUCCAGUUUGUGGCUUUUAUUAAGAAACGGAAGCGAACAGUACCUGACAUAGUGGCUGCUGGGGGGCGCUAUGAUCACCUGAUCCUGGAGUUUCGAGGGCCAGCUUCUACUGUUCCUGUUCCCAACGCAGUGGGGGUCAGCGUCGCUCUGGACAAAAUCUGUGCAGCUAUAGCCAGCAUGGAGGAGCCACUGACGGUGAGCUCCUGCGAUGUGCUGGUGGUCCCAGUAGGACAUUCGUCGUUGUCCAAAGCCAUCAGCGUUGUCCAGAAGCUGUGGAGCACCGGCGUCUCUGCAGACAUCGCUUAUGACGUCUCACAGUCUCAAGAGACGUUGGUGGAGCACUGCAGGUUGGCGGGAAUCACGUGUCUGGCUCUUGUCUCGGACAAAGAAGGAAACUAUGUGAAGGUGAAGUCCUUUGAAAAGGACAGACAGUCUGAGAAACGAAUCCCAGAGUCGGACUUGGUGGACCACAUCAUUCAGAAAUGUCGGACCAGAUUCUUUGACGAGAGAAACAUCAGAGAAAUUUCUGAGAACAUGACCCUCCAGAAUCCUAAAGGAUCGCAGGUCAACAACACAGGCUCUUUGGAGCAGCACGGCAGUAGCGGCACGACCAACAUGAAUGUGUACGUCAUCGGCCCCGACAAAGUUUCUGCGAGCACAAGAAGACGCUACGAGACUCAGAUUCAAACCAGAUUACAGAAUCUUGGUAGCAAUUUGCAGAAUAAGAGCAAUGACAUCGAGGUUCUUGCAGUGGACCUGUCGAAGGAAACUCUGAUCAACUUCCUGUCUCUUGAGUUUGAAAGUGAAGAACAGUUUAACAGCAGCGUCAAGACUCUGCUGUCUCGUUUGCCGAAGCAACGCUACCUGAAGUCCAUCUGUGAUGAGAUCCACCACUUCAAGAUUACUAAAAGGGUGGCUGUGGUGGUCCUGUACAGCUACAGGGACGACUACUACAAGAUCCUGCUGUGAGAGGAGGAGGACAGGAUCUCACUUUGCCAGAGGCUCUGCAGAUUCUCAGACUUUCCCUCCAGAUUCAGACCUUUUUCAUUUAGAAGAUCCCAAAGACACAAGUGACUUUGUUCUGUUACGAUGAACAAUAAUCCAGCUGAGCCAAACUCUGCCUUUUCCCCCAAAACCUUUUGAUGUUUUCUGGUGCUUACAAAAGGUUUAGUGAACUUUAUUGUCUUAAUAGAAUCGGACUAAUUUACAAGAGUACUUCAGCUAAAGAUUGCAUCAUGAGAAGAAGACAAAAGGGAGAAAUUGUUUCAUUCCCCACAUGCUGUGACUUGCUGUGUGUGUGUGUGUUUAUGUGUGCACAAGUGGUUUUGGAGUGUAAACCAUUUCAUCCUCAGUAUGUUCACAAUAAACAAGCUUAAUAUCAUGUUUUACCACACAAGCUGUUGCAGUAUUUAACAGCUGGGCAGCCUUAAAGAUUUUUCUAUAUUUCUGUGUAAAUAAAAAAAAAUCCAGUUUU